AAUGGAGGGGAAUAUUGCCCCAAGUAUGAAUAUUUUUCACCAUGUUUUGGAAAGUUUCCUAGAGCCCUUAGAGUCUUGAUCAUAUUUGAGUGAACUGUCAUAAGUCCUCAAAAUGGAUAAAUCAUGUCUCUGGCUCCCGAGUGUCCUAAAAGUUUAGGUUUAGGGCGGGCAGCCGCAAUGCAUGAAAUCAUGUUUAGGUUAUGUAGUCUUAGAUUAGAUAAAGAAAAGAAAGUCCCUGAUAGGGAUAAGGGAACCUUUCUUUUGGGUGUCUCUGUAGCCAAACAGCCUCAUAAAAAGCUUAAGAAAGUGAAAGCAAGAGACCCCAUCAUUUAAAACCCAUCACAUACAUGGAUAAGUAGGGACCAGCUACUGCUAUCUUAUUUUUUCUAUUUCACAUCCUAAUAUCAACACCAAGAAACUAUCAAUAAGCCUGAAAGAUGGCUACCUUGUGUGGCUCUACACCAUUUCUCUCUUACCCACUACCAAGAACUAACCAUAUCUCUUCAUCGUCACAAACGCCACCUCCUCCUCCUCCUCCUUCUUCGUCCACUCCACCUUCACAACCACAACCUCGAACACCAUCUCCGCAGCUAAGCACAACCUCAUCUGAGCAGCUGACACCAGUCAUCUCAGCUGAAGUGCAAGAACAAAAGGAGUCUACUAAGCCUGCUUCUUCUGCAACCAAAGUUGAAACCACUGACUGGAUAGCUUCCACACUAACAAGGCGUUUUGGACUUGGUGCUGGCCUUGCUUGGGCUGCCUUUCUUGCAGUUGGUGUGGUCUCUGAACAGGUUAAGACCCGCCUUGAAGUCUCGCAACAAGAAGCAAAUACAAGAGAUGUUGAGAAGCAAGAAGAGGUACUAUUGCCUAAUGGCAUAAGGUACUUUGAGUUGAGAGUUGGUGGUGGAGCUUCUCCAAGGCCAGGGGAUUUAGUGGUGAUAGAUCUCAAGGGAAAAGUUGAAGAGAGUGGACAAGUGUUUGUUGAUACAUUUGGUGGAGACAAGAAGCCAUUGGCUUUAGUAAUGGGUUCAAGGCCUUAUAGUAAAGGAAUGUGUGAAGGGAUAGAAUAUGUUCUGAGAUCUAUGAAAGCAGGAGGGAAAAGAAAAGUUAUAGUUCCUGCUAGUUUAGGGUUUGGAGAGAAUGGUGCAGAUUUGGGUCCUGGUCUGCAAAUUCCACCAUUUGCCACUCUUGAGUAUAUUGUUGAGGUUGAGAAAGUUUCCAUUGCACCAGCUUGAUUUUUUUUUUCCCAAAAAUCUUUGAGCUUAUAUUAAUUAUCAUUUAAAGAAUAUAAUUAGUGUCUGUUUAAACAUUAUAUACUCUUUUUUUUUUUAUAAAGAAAGUCAUUGACCUGAAA